AUCUCAAACUAUUGACCGAUGAUUUAUUUUUCACGUUUUUUGAAAUUUAGCAAAGAACUUGCUAAAUGUUGCAAUAACAAGGCAACUAAAUUCCACCAAACAAGGUAUUUGUGUUGCCAAGGAAGCAUGGAGUCUGGUGUUGUCGCAGGGAAGCAGGCUGCUGCCAGGGCUGCCGUUGAAGAUCAUCUCAAAGACAAUCAAGUUGUUGGUGUUGGCAGUGGAUCCACUAUAGUGUAUGCAGUUGAAAAAAUUGCAUCCAGAGUGAAAGCAGAGAAUCUAAAGAUCAUUUGUGUUCCUACAUCAUUCCAAGCACGACAGUUGAUCCUGGAGAAUGGACUGGUCAUCUCAGAUCUCGAACAACACCCACAGCUGGAUCUGGUCAUAGAUGGCGCUGAUGAGGUGGAUAGUUCACUCAACUUGAUAAAAGGUGGCGGUGGCUGUCUUACUCAGGAGAAGAUUGUUGCAUCAUGUGGCAAGAAGUUCAUCAUUAUUGCAGAUUACAGGAAAGAUUCAGUGAACUUUGGAGACAAUUAUGCUGAAGGGAUUCCUAUAGAAGUUAUCCCCCUGGCUUAUCAUCCCAUACAGCUGAAGAUAAAAGAGAUAUAUGGGGGCGACAUUAAACUAAGAGUUGCCAAGAGAAAAGCAGGACCAGUCGUGACAGACAAUGGGAACUUCAUCCUGGAUUGGAAGUUUGAUCCAUCACUUUGUAUUGGUAACCAAUGGCCGACAAUCAAUCAGACGAUUGUAGCUAUGCCAGGAGUGGUUGAUACAGGGUUAUUCAUAGAUAUGGCUGAGAGAGUCUACUUCGGGCUUGCAGAUGGUAGUGUGCGCAUACGUGAAAAACCACAUAAUGGAGACGCAUGUGCAAAUGGUAGAAGUAGUGCAGAGAAAUAGCAUAAGGAAGAACUUUUUAGUCCAUGUUUGAAAAAUGUUGCAACAUUUUUAAAUGCCAGAUAUUAUAAGAAAGAAUGGUAUUCGAAAGAAAUAAAGCAAAAAGACUUGUAUUGGAUAUUUGAAAUUGUAUGGAAAUACAUGAAAAUCAUGCAGCUCAUUCAAAUUUUUGAGAGAAAUUGAGUAAAAAAAGCAGAGGAAAAAUCCAUGCAGGAACAAUAUUGCGUAUGAUAUUAAUACAAAUAUGACUGAGAGGGGAAUAAGCAAGAAAUGCUUGAAAAUGUGCAACCAUUAAAUUGUAUGCCAUUCCAAUGAAAAUGGUAUUUUGUUUAUGAACUUCCAAGGAAAAUCAUCGCCAGAUUUUUAUGAAUUUGGCAUUUAUGUAAGGGGCCAAUUCAAUCAUGAUAAACAUUGUAACACAUUUUAAUUAUGAUCCUAAAUUACCCCUAAAUGCUUUCAAUUCAUGAUGGUUUAAAGCUUUCACCAUCAAUAAAUUUUGAUAUUUAAACAUUCUUUUCUGUAAAUAUGAAUGCUUGAUAAAAUCACUUUGUUAAAAUUAAAUAUUAUUGAUUGGUAAAUUGGGGGUAAUUUGGGAUCAGUAUUACAAAAACUGAUGUAAAGUGAUCUGUUUGUUGGAUAAUGGUUAUACUGUACAAUCAAAUUGUAACAUUGCCAAUUUUGUAUCAUAUAGGUAGUAAAUCACAUAUUUAAUUUGAUCCACUUAAAGUGACUGAUAAUAAUUGGUGCCAAUGUGUAAUUUACAUUGUAAAAAUGCUAAUCUUACCUGACCUGAAAAGGGCAACAUUUAAUCAGGAAAAUUUUCUUUGCUGUUAAGUGCCAAGCAUGUAUUCAUCUGCAUCUUCACAUUUUUUUGUGUUCACUCUAAGAACU